AGGUACUAUAUCUAAAGAAUUGAAACGAAAAUGUCUCUUCUAAAAUCUAUAAAAUCGGCAUUUAAGUCGAAGAAGAGUAAGAAGAGUAGAAAACCGAUAAACGGUGCUAUCAUUAAUGAGGAAAGAAGUAAUAAUUGGAUAAAUAAUUUAAUUAAAGAAGAACAAAUUGAAUUCUAUAAUUAUUCGGACUUUAAAGAUAAGAGAACAAUCGAAGAAAAAGGGAAAACCAUCAUUAUUGCUAAUUUAAAAGAUGAAAUUUUUGUUUUGAAAUCAUUUUAUAAUGAUGAUGCAACUCUUCACAAAGCUAUCAAUGAGUUAAAAUUACAUAAUAAAUUUGUUCAUGAAAAUAUCUUACGAUUUUACGGAAUUACGGAAAACGAUUUUCCUCAAACGUCUCUAAAAAAUAAGUACAUUUUAGUUUUGGAAUAUGCUGAUAGUGGUACAUUAAGUACUUAUUUAGAUAAGCAUUUUAAUGAACUUAAUUGGAAUGAUAAAUAUAAGUUUGCAUUUCAAGUAGCAAGUGCUGUAUCAUAUUUACAUGAUAAUGAUAUUAUUCAUUAUGACAUGCAUGAAAACAAUAUACUUGUGCAUCAAAAGAAUGUUAAAUUAGCGGAUUUUGUAUUUUCAAAAGAAGCAGAAUCACUUAAUACGGUACAAAUAUUUAGUAUGAUACCUUACGUAGAUCCAAAAAGUUUCAAUACUAAAAAUUAUGAAUUGGAUAAACGGUCUGACGUAUACAGCAUUGGUACGAUUUUAUGGCGAAUUUCAAGCAGAGUUAAACCAUUCCAUCUUGAAAGUUACAAUGUAGUAUUAGCAACUGCUAUAUUAAAUGGUCGGAGAGAACGUAUUGUUAAUGGAACUCCACCGGAAUAUAGUGAAUUAUAUAUAGAAUGUUGGAAACAUGAACCUGAUGAACGACCAGAUAUGCGAAAAAUUAUUUCGACCCUUGAAACUUUUUUAAAUGAGUUUGUGUUACCUGAAAUCAUUAAUGAUAAAGAUAAUGAAGGAAUAAAAGAUGAUGCAGUUGAACUUUUAAAUCAGUUCAUUUCGCUUAAAAUUUCUGAUAAUGAAGUUCUUAAAAAUAGCUUGAAAAAUAAAGAAGCUAUAUUCAUUCCAUUUAAUAAUUUAGAGGAUCCAAGCCCACUUGGUAAAGGAGGUUAUGGAUCUAUUACGAGAGCAGUUUGGACCAAAACUAAAAACUUUGUUGUUUACAAAAGAUUUAUUAACCAUGAUAAAUAUAAUGCAUUUGAUGUAUUUAUCCAUGAAUUAAAAAUUAAUUUAUGUCUGCCUUAUUAUACUAGUGAUAGAAUUAUACGUUGCUUGGGUAUUAGCCAAGACAAUACGACAAAAGAAUAUUUACUUGUUAUGCCAUAUGCUAAUGGUGGUAACCUUCAAAAUUAUCUUAACAAUAAUUUUAAGAGCUUAAGUUGGGAUGACAAGAAAAAGUUGGCAUUUCAAAUUGCAGAAGGGCUAAAUUAUUUGCAUAACGAAAAUAUAUUACAUAAGGAUCUGCAUUCUAAAAAUAUAGUUAUUCAUGAAAAUAAUGCUAAAAUUAUAGACUUUGGUAUUUCGAAAAUUCAAGAUCAAAUAUCUGCAGAACAUGCGCAUAGUAAUCGUGGUAUUAUUGCAUAUAUGGAACCUAAACGUCUUUCAGAUCCAAAAUUCCCAUAUACUAAAUCUUCAGAUGUUUAUAGCUUUGGUGUAUUGAUGUGGGAAAUUUCCAGUGGUUACCCUCCAUUUAAAGAUUGUAUUACAGACAAGGAAAAAAUUGCACUUAUUUGUGCUGGAAUACGUGAAACUCCAUUUCUUGAGACUCCUAAAGAAUAUGAAGAACUCUAUAUAAAAUGUUGGGAUCAAGAACCUGAACAAAGACCAAAUACUGGUGAAAUAUUAGAUGAAUUUAAAAAAACAAGACUUGAAGAAAAUAAAUUUAUUGAAGAAAAAAGCGAUAGUUGUAAUUCAGAUUUAAUAGUUACAACCAAAACUGCGUAGUCUCCCAAAUUUUUUUUAUCCAUAAUGAAUGGACUGAGGAUAAAUCAUUCUAGUUAAUUAGGAAUGAUAUAUAAUUAAAUAGCUUUAGUAAUUAGCUGUUAGCAAUUUGGAAUUUCAAUAAUAACUGAAAGCUGUAACUUUUUAUUCCUCGUUUCUUAAACGUAUUUGUGAUGGUACAAUUUCUUCUCCAAUGAAGAUAAUUUUGUUUAAAACAAUCGAAUUAAAUAAAUAUUACUAAAAU